AGAAGCUGCCCAAAACAUGCUUAUUGUUAUCGAGAAUUACAAGACACUUGGCGCCAGACUCUUCCAAAACUGGGAAGGUGAGAAGAUCACGGUGAAGAGGAUGAGAGAAACAGAACAGCGUCACUUGGAUGGUCCCCUGCAAGGAAAUAGAAGCUGUCCAAGGUGAGUCAGCACAGAGAAGCUGUUUGAGCAUUUGGCUGAGGCUCUAAGAGAGACGGGAAGAGGGAGCUGAUUAAUCCUACAGCCCCCCCCCAAUACCUCUCAGAAAAUGCAAGUGAUAAUGCGGGAUCACACGUCCAGUGCUCAUGUGGAGGAGCUGCUGAGGCAGUCUCAGAUGGAGUUACAGUGGAUCCAGGGACAGCUGGCCAUGAUCGCUGCCAGAAACAUACACCAUCACCACUUGCACACCAAGGGCAAGUCAAGAUAUGAAGUUUCAUCCCAGCAAGCUACCGGACUCUCAGUCUACAAUGUGAGCCGCUUACUUCGAUUGCUGGAGGAGAGAAACCGAGCUCUGAAGCUUGAAGUAGCCACGCUUCGCCAAGAGAAGCAGCAGUAUAGGAAACUGAAAGUAAAGCUCCAUGCUGCCUUGCAGGAGAAAAAUCGUCUGAACCUUGAGCUGAUCAAACACCACCUGAAGGCAUCCAAGUAUGACCAGGUGCGAUCAGAAUAUGACCAGCUGAGAGAGACCUUUGCUGUAGUGAGCCAGGAGAGAGACGUGGCCCAGCAGCAGAGGAGCCAACUCCAAGGCAAAGUGGAGAACCUGGAACAGGUUCUAAAGCAUAUGCACGAGGCUGUGGAGCUGAAGCAGCAGCUGCAGAUAGAGCAUGAGCAAGCCUUGGUGGCCCUUCACACCAAGCAGAAGGCGAUCAAUCAACUGCAAAAGGUUCAAGCUGACCAAGAGCAUGAGAAAGCAGUACACCUGUUAGAGAACAAUAAGGACAGAAUGUGUCAGGUCAAGGUUCGUGACCUGGAGCAGAAAUGCAGGUCACAGAGUGAACACUACCACCAGUUGUCCAAAGAGCUGCUGAAUUUCCGUUUGCAAUCAGAUACUGUGGACAUCCUUAAAAUUAAUCCCACUUCCGAAUCCCAGAUCCUCCUCUCGCCUGAGAAGGAACUCUCACAAGUCAUUGUUGGAUUUGAAGCCCAGCCAGAGGCAGGCGAUGAGAGCGCGGCAAACACGCUACUGAUCUCCGAGUUCUUGCCCUGCACACCACAGACUGGAGACAGAGAAAGACCAGAACUGCUGUCUGUCAAAUCCAGCACCGUGACAACGGACCGCCCCAGCAGCCCUCGACAGCUGACCCCCUCAGAGAUGGAGGAUGAGGCCAGCCCAUCACCCAGGUCCAAGCCUCGCUACACAGGCCAGGUCCGCCUUUGCACUGCCCGUUACAGUUAUAACCCUUACGAUGGACCAAACGAGCAUCCUGAAGCAGAACUCCCCCUUGUGGCUGGAAAGUAUCUGUAUGUGUAUGGAAACAUGGACGAUGAUGGCUUCUAUGAAGGGGAGCUGCUGGAUGGCCAGCGAGGACUUGUUCCUUCCAACUUCGUGGAAUUUGUCCAGGACAAGGAAAAACCAGCGAUUCAGUCUGGGGAAGGAGGGGAAGACCUGGGCCCACUGGACCAUGCACCCCUAGCCUUGAUGGCAGUGGAUGGAGGUGCCUCCCAGGAUGGCCUCCUGGGCUCAGCUAACGCCUUGGUUCCCUGUAGCAAUGGGACGGGGGGCCCCCUGGACCUUGAGGACCUGGCUGAAGACGUUGUGCCUUAUCCCCGAAAGAUCUCCUUGAUCAAGCAGCUGGCACGGAGCGUCAUUGUGGCCUGGGAGCCUCCACUAGUGCCUUUGGGCUGGGGGAACAUCUCUGGCUACAACGUGUUAGUAGACGGGGAGCUUCGUGCCAGUACAGUGUACGGUGGCCGGACCAAGUGUUUGCUGGAGAAGCUGGACCUGGACGGCUGCGUUCAUCGUGUGUCGGUGCAGAGUGUCACGGACCGGGGCUUGUCAGACGAGCUGCGCUGCACCUUGCUGGUGGGAGCCAACGUGGUGGUGGCGCCGUGCGGUCUGCGGGUGGAUGACAUCCAGCGUGACACUGCCGAGCUCUCCUGGUUGCCCAGCAACAGUAACUAUGGUCACACCGUGUUCUUGGACGGGGUAGAGCACGCAGUGGUAAAGCCAGGAAGGUAUAGACUACGCUUCCUCAACCUGAAGCCCCUGACAGUGUACAAAGUGACGGUGGUGGCACAGCCGCACCAGGUGCCAUGGCAACUGCCGCUGGAGCAGAGAGAGAGGAAAGAAGCUGGUGUGGAGUUCUGCACUCAGGCUGCAGGUCCAACACCAUAUUGCAGAACAGGCCCUCCCCAGCCUCCCCAGGAUGUACAGGUGCUCUGUGGGCAGGCUCCAGGGGUCCUACAGGUCCGCUGGAAGCCCCCUCUCCUCUCUCCCACAGGGACAUCUAAUGGGGCAAACGUCGUUGGCUACGCAGUCUGCACUAAAGGACAGAGGAUAGCUGAGGUGUUGUACCCAAUGGCAGACUAUGUUACUGUCGAGCUGACAAGGAUUCAGUGCCUGGAGGCCAGGGAAGUCAUCGUGAGGACGCUGUCAGUACAGGGAGAAUCCCAGGACUCCCAAGUCGCCGUCAUUCCAAACAACCUGCUCGUGCCUCUACCUGCACUUCCCCUGCCACCGCCAAUGCACCCCCAUGCAGGCCCCCCUCCACACCCUCAUCCUCAACCCCACCUCCAAUCCCCUCACCAUCCUCAUGCCACACCUCAACUUCCUGCUCUGCCCCAGGCACAUUCACAGCCACUCCCACCCCAUCCUUCACACCCUCAAUCCCAUGCCAGACUUGCUCAUCCAGGUGGACCCCCACACCCUCAGCCUCAGCACCUACAUCUUCAGCCUCACCCGCCCCACCAAGGUCCCAGGCCCCAGCACCAACUGCCUCUGCUACCCCACCCCCAACACCACCCUAUACCUCAGAGACCAGUAUGUGCCAGAGACCUGGAUGCCAAAGAGCAUGCGGCCCACCAUGGGGAAGCUAUUCCACCUGGCCAGCCUGGCUGGGACCCCACACGCUCUCCCUCUUCCCAGCCUCCUGUGCCCAUGCAAGGCCACACCCUCGAGGCCCCCCCCCCUGCCAAUCCACGCUCCCCGUCCCCCCAGAGGAUUCUUCCGCAGCCGGGCACGCUUAUCCCGGACACCGUGGCAAAAGCCAUCGCCAGAGAAGCAGCUCAGAGGGUGGCAGCAGAAAGCGGCAAGGGGGACAGGAGCCAGGGCAGAUACGGAGAGCAGGGUCAUUCAUUUCACCAGCAUCACUCUGAUGAGGAAGAGGAAGAUGAAGAAGGCUUUGCACGCAGCCGUCGGAGAGGACCCUCAGUUGAUGAGUUCCUCAGAGGCUCUGAGCUGGGGAGGCCGCCUCACUAUAGUCACAAUGAAGAUUAUCACAGCGAAAGCAGCCGGGGCUCUGACCUGUCUGACAUCAUGGAGGAGGAUGAGGAGGAGCUGUACUCUGAGAUGCAGCUGGAAGAGGGACGCCGACGCAACUCGCACAACACACCCAAGACAAACACUCCCGCUGGAGGCCGUCAUGACCGGGAGACCGGGAGAAGAAUUCAUCAUGGCGGUUCCCAGCCUCAGAGACGACCUCUAAUGGUCCCCUCCAUUGAGGUAACCUCUGAGAAUAACAGUGAGGGAAACCUCUCCCCCAUCACCGAGGAUGUUUACUAUGGCAGAGUAGCUCGGCACAGGACGUGGUCAUCCCGCAGGCACAUGGGCGGCACCAGGUCUCCCCAUGAUGGCUACAGGGAUCGGGAUCACUGCUCUCCCACGUACUAUGAUGAGUCAGAGCCCGAGGAGUCCUUCCGGAUCUUUGUGGCCCUCUUUCACUACGAUCCUCUGUCCAUGUCCCCCAACCCAGAUGCAGCUGAUGAGGAGCUGCCCUUCAAAGAGGGGCAGAUCAUUAGGGUGUACGGUGAUAAAGAUACAGAUGGGUUUUACAGAGGAGAAGUGAGGGGCAGGAUGGGGCUGAUCCCCUGUAACAUGGUGUCAGAGAUACGAGCGGAGGAUGAGGAGACCUUGGACCAGCUCAUCAAACAGGGCUUCCUGCCACUCAGCACCCCUGUGGACAGAAUAGAGCAGAACAGAAGAGGCCUCCGUCGAGAUCAGGCCUCAAGGAGGAUGGUGGCUCUGUACGACUACGACCCCCGAGAAAGCUCCCCUAAUAUUGAUGUCGAGGCUGAGCUGACCUUCUGUGCUGGUGACAUCAUGGCUGUCUUUGGAGAUAUUGAUGAAGAUGGAUUCUAUUAUGGUGAGAUCAACGGCCACCGUGGUCUGGUUCCCUCUAACUUCCUGGAAGAAGUGCCUGAUGACGUGGAGGUGUAUCUGACCGAUAUUCCAUCCCACUACCCCCAGGAAGAGCCUGCCAGCCGGCCCCCUGCCAACUCUUCCGCCACUGUCUCAGAGGGCAAACGGGUUACCACAGAAACCACCGACACGGUCGACAGCGACGCCACACCUGUCCGAGCGCCAUCCCCGAUUGUUCGGCCCCUCCUCCCAGGCACCAUGAGACCCCUCAGCCCUUCGAGGGGCCCCCGCCUCCCGCUUGACCCCCGGGACCCGCGGGACUCCCAAGAUCUGGCAAACAAGAAGAAGAAAGGACUACUUUCCAAGGGGAAGAAGCUGCUGAAGAGACUCUCCCCUGUGAAAUAAAACAAAAAAGCAUACAUGUACAAUACAUGCACAUGCUGGGCUCUGUAUAUUGCACCCAUACAAUCAACUCUGAUCCAACAACACAUGACAGAGAGGAUGUGAGCUUUGUCUCCUGGACUGCGUGAGCCUAUUUGAAUAUAACCAGUGAUACAAUUAUUCAUGUUUGGUGAUGGAUACAAAUCAGCUAAAUUAUGUACAGUGCAGUGCCAAAAUCAAGAGAGGUCACCUGCAGACACAAUAUUACUGUGAUGUAUUUUAAAUCAACGGAUGACUAAAAAAAACAAAAAACAAACAAACUAGGAUUUUCAUGACAUGUAUUUUUCUCUUUUCUUUAUCAUUAAUCAAAGGAACUAUACAUUUAUUUCAAGCAGGGUAGCUGUGAAAACAAAGCAUCUGGUCACAUCUAAGUUUCUAACAGGCUUUUUUCUCAGCAAAAAAAAACAUAAAUUUUUGUGGAGUAUUGAUGUCCCUACAAGGAAACACAGACCAUACUCCUCUCAAAUAGACUACACUGUUAUUGAGGCAUUCUGUGAAGUAAUGCUGGCUGCUAACACAAAAGGCUUUAUUCAGUGCAAUAUCAUGGAGAGGUGGUAGCAUAUGUGGGAAGAAAAGAAAACAUUUCCACUUGUACCUGUGAUUCAGCAGAGAUUUUUCUGUGAUGAAAGGAAUAAAAAAAAAGAAAGGAUAGCAGAUUGUCAACAGGGCAUUAACGUCAGAAACACAGAGCUUACCUGUCUCAGUGGCCUUUAUGAAAACGAUAUGAGCGUGACAUCCUCGUUUGAUUACAAGGUUGAUUUACACCAGGUUUUUUUUUGUUUCAAUGAUGGGUCGCUUGUGCUUUGUCAUUUUUGAAAAUUAAAUAAGAGCAGAAAUGUCUGUUGUUCUCACUGUCAAACUGUCAUGAAACGCCUAGUUCAAGACAAAAUUUUUGUGUCUGUCUUCCUAUUGCACAAAGGUGGGUGUUCUGUCAGAUGACUGGUAAAAGACAUGUUUUGUGUGCCUGUGUGUGUGUGUGUGUGUGUGUGUGUGUCAGGCAGUAUGUGACGCAUUCAUGUUUUGCACCUUUCAUGUUUCUUGUUCACUUAUGUUUUGUUUUUGUUUUUUGUUUUUCUGAAUGAGAGGCCAUGUAGUUAUUGGUCCUGUGAUCUAGUGAUGUGCUGCUACCUCCAUUGCCUGUGCACUGUUUUGUUGUCUCAUGUUGAUAUAGAGGGCCACGUUAAAGCAUCAUAGAAAUGACAAAAUCGAAAUGUCAAGGUGUGCAUUGUUCUCUGGUUCAUCUACCUGAGGUCUGUGGAGAGAAAUGCUAACUUAUUUAACUUAAACGUUUUGUAUCUGGUUACAUUUAUGCUCUACAUGACUUGUACUUACAGUACAUAAGGACUAUACCAUAAAAAGUUAACAUGUAACACAGAUUAUAUACAUUUAAAAGGGAAUCUGAUGCAGAACAUUUUUUUUACUUUAUUCCUAUGAUCUUGGAUAAUUGAACAAUUUAUGAAAUAAGCAGGCGUACUCAAAGCUUGAGUCUGGAGAGGACAGACACUAAUCAGUUAUGCCAAUAUUCUGUUGUUGCUCGAUUUAGUUUGUUGACUCACUGAAUGUUUUAUAUAUUUAUUCGUCUUCAAAAACAAACAAACCUAUUUGCAUAAUGCCACUAAAAGAUUUGUACCAGAAAAUGUAAUCAGAUCAGUAGAAACUACUUAACAUCCCGCAGGCUGCCACACUGACUGCCUAUUAAAUCAGUUUUUCAUUCAUUGUCAGUGUGAAAGCUCCAAAAAAUGUGUCUUGAUUACAAGACGGAUUAGGCUGCAUGGAGUGAGAAAAUAAAACUGAAUCUGGAUUAAGUGUUCUAUGUGAUUAGUGAAAUUAGAAGUCAGCAUUUCACUCACUGAAGUUUGAAUGCCCCCCCUAUAUUCAGUUCCAAUUUAAUUCAUAAAUGUUAUUUGAAAUGAUUCUCACAUUCAGCACAUAAUUUCAACUUUCACAUAUCCUAUUCAACCCUUGUAAUGUUUUUUGAUGGUUUUAACAUCCAGGUAAAUUGGAAAACCAGGAGAGCUUGGAGAGCUAAUCAAAUUCUAAAUGGAAACCCAAAAAUGCGACCCAAAAAUAAAAGACAAAAACAGAAAACCAAUCAAAAUCUUUUGUUUUCUCAUAGGUUUAUGAAAACAUAUUGACUUGAAAAAUAGAAACAUUUGCCACAGACAUUUUUUUUUUGCAUUUCUAAUCAGCUUUCUGAUUACACUGAAAAAAAUGAAUGAACUUCAAAGACAUUCAAACUGCAAUGCUAACCUUCCAUCUCCCUGAUCACAUAUAGUCACAUAAUUCAAAUGUAUUUAUCUCAAACACAACUCAACCCACUGCCCCACCUCAAUUGUUGGUUUUCGUUUGGUUUGUUGUUGUUUGCGUUAAUUAUGCAAGAUUAUAAUGUUAUAAGUUGGAAUUUCAUUUUUGAGCGCAAACAUUAACUUGGAUUACUGAGAGGAAGGGCGUGCAUUACUGUACCGACACUUUGUGUGCUGUGGAGAUGACUAAAAGUGCUCAAGAACUCAAUUACUAACUGGAGGGAUAGUAUGUCUCAUAGCUUUAAUAAUUUAAAAACUUCUCUCUCUGUUUAGUUUUAAAUAUCCAUUCUAUCCUAUUUCUCUCCAGUUGUCUGUUAUGUCAAGUUGCACUUGAAAGAUGAGUCAGAUAUGAGUUUAUUGUGUGAAACCGGGUUUGUCUCUUCAUUAUUUAUUAAUAUUAUUGAUUAAAUGCCAAGAGAGGGUUUGCCAAAAUGGAAUGUAAGAAAAGUUCGGCUGGCAAUAGGUUUACAUCUGAUUCUUUUUGUUCCAAAGCUGUUCAUGUAUAGUUUCUCAUUCAGUCUGAAAUACUAUAAUAUGUUGUCCCAAUACCAAAUCAUUCACUUGUGAAUGGGUGUAGUGUCUCUAAACGCUGUAGCUCUUUUGUACUUUGAUCCAUUUGUAGAUAAUUUAUAAAUGUUUCUACUUGAUUUUACGACAGCCUUUUUGUUAGUGCACUGAGAUUUCCUCUCCCUGUAAAAGACUGCGAGCAUUCUCCAUAGUGUCCUUUGAAAUCAGAUGUAUCAGUCCACCGUAUGUGCUUGCUUUGUGAAUCAAAGUUUAAAAAAGAAAAAAAAAAGAAAAAGACAAAUCAUUGGACAGUAUUUAUGGUGAUUAGUUAUGUGUGGGUGUGCAUGUGAAAAAAAUACAACUUUUAUAACCAAAUUAAAUUUGAUAUUUUUUAGAA